UCCAGUUUCAGGAAUUUUCCCCCCCUUUCCACCCCCUGCUGCUCCCAGAGCUUUGGGGAUGUGCCUAGACCCACCAUUGCUGUCAUCCCAGCCAAAAACAAGCAGAACAAACCCUGGCCGGCGGCCAGCUGUCUCACUUAUAGCUACCUCCCCCUCGCUUGCUUUUUACAAUACAGGAUCUUCCUUUCUCAGCUCGUCUAAAUUGUAGCGCAGUGAAACCUCAGCCAGACUCUCCACCAAGCCCAGGACAGCAUGUCUGGUAGCCAAUACGUAGACUCAGAGGGGCUGCUGUACACCGCGCCCGUCCGGGAGCAAGGGAACAUCUACAAACCCCACAACAAGAGCAUGGCCGAGGAGCUGAACGAGAAGACGAUGCACGACGUGCACACCAAGGAGAUCGACCUGGUCAGCCGGGACCCCAAGCGGCUCAACGACGACGUGGUCAAGAUUGAUUUUGAAGAUGUCAUUGCUGAACCUGAUGGAACACACAGUUUUGAUGGGAUUUGGAAAGCCAGCUUCACCACCUUCACUGUGACAAAAUACUGGUUUUAUCGCUUACUGUCGGCAAUCUUUGGUAUUCCUCUGGCUCUCAUCUGGGGUAUCUACUUUGCCAUUUUGUCAUUCUUGCACAUCUGGGCAGUGGUGCCAUGCAUAAGGAGCUACUUGAUUGAGAUCCAAUGCAUCAGCCGGGUCUAUUCUAUCUGCAUCCACACAUUCUGCGACCCAUUAUUCGAGGCCAUCGGCAAAAUGUUCAGCACUAUCCGGGCAACAGUACGAAAAGAAAUAUAAGUGAUUCUUCAAGGACAGCUCUCUGUCUGGAGAGUCUUUUUGUGUGCCAAUUUCAAGGUUCUUAAAUCAAUCUGCAGUAACCGCUGGUGAAUAUACUGGCCCAAAACAAAGAAUCAUUUAUUCAGUUUUCAUUACUAAUAUUUAUCCCUACUGGAUUUUUUUUCACUCUGCAUUUUUCAAACUGAUCUUGAAUUGCUACUCUCCCAUUCCAGCCGCAUAUCAUUUUGCUGACCAUUUGAUAAACAGAUUAAUGUGCUUUUGUCGGGGGGUUUUUUAGCCCUCCAUUCAUUCCUUGCAAGAUACAUUCACAAUGAUAUAAUAAAGAACUGCAAAAAUGCUUUUCAACACUGUCAUGCCAUUCAUUUUAUUGUGGGCAAACAGUAUAAAGCUAUUGCAGCAGAAUGAACCUGACAAGUUGGCAGGUUUUAAAAGAAUGUUCUUUUUUCAAUUGUAUUGUCAGUUGACUACAGCCAUUUACUGUAAUGGUCAGAUAUGGUCUACUAUGAAAAGACAGAUAUAAAUAAAUUACUUAACUAAUAUAUGUUCUGAAAAUCUAAUGCCUUAUCAGAUCAGAGACUUUGACACAUAAAACAUAAAAAAUGCUGAAUGUCCAUAAAAAGCUACAGUUAAUGCCUUCUUGUGUCAUACUAGCUAUCCUGAAAGUUUGCUGCCAACUGUUUGUCAACCCUUCACUAUAAUUACAGAAGCAAACUGAAGAUCAAAGCUAAAAAAUAUUGUUAUUAAAAUGUUUUUCUGGCAGUGACUUAUGAUGUGUCUCUUAGCUAAUAUGUAGGUGUUUAUCGCACCAGUAAAUAUCACAAAUGUGUCUGAGAUGACACUGGCUUAAAAAAUGAAUAAUCCAGGUGCGCCAAACUCAUGCCAUAACAUGCCAACUAUGAGCUGUCUCUGAGAGAAGCCAGCUUUAAAAAACCUUCCUGUCAGCCGAGGUCAGCAUGCUGUUAGCUCACAGAUUAUUUUCAGGAGAAUUCACGCUUUGCUGAGUCCAAACUAAUCCAUCACAAGAGAUGCUUUAGAAACUCCACAUUGUGUUCCACUUUUUUAGCUGAGCUGCAGCCAUCAGGAAGUCUUAAUGGAGGGUAUUGUGUGAAACUGUCAAAUGUUGCAAAGCAUGAGCCCUUGAAAAUAAAGCAUUUGCAACAUAUUAUGCUGUGACCCCUGGGAGCCUUUGACCUGAUGUUACUGAGUUUAGAGGAUAUCCUCAUAAAGUUUGCAUGAAGCAUUUGAACCCUUAAAACCCGAAAUGUACAUAAAGCUGCCUGGUAUAGUCAAAGCUUUAUGCCUAGUGCUGAGAUUCUGCAUAUUGCUUUAUAUGAGUCAGGGGUGCCUUCCAUUCUAUUUCUGCCAUAAGUGCAUUUAAAAUCUGAUUGGAGGAUGCAGCUACUUCUUCUUCUCUCUUUUUUUUUUUAUAGGCACAUACAUUACAAACCUAUUAACUACUUUUGUUUUGCAUUUAAAACAGACACUGGUAUGGGAAUAGUUUUAUGUUUUUACUAUGUACAGAACUGAGAGUGUACUAUUAUAGAGAUUUUGCAGUAUUAAAAACAAGCAAGAUUGUAAACAAGAAAUAUUUUAUCUUUAUAUGAGGAAAAUCACUUUGAAAAGGCCUCCUUGAUUUAUCAUGUAAACUGUGUGUCCUGACAGAUGUCUGUUCACUUAGACUUAUUAGUCCCUAAUCCAAAUACAUUGCUGAUCCAAGACAUUUACAUUGCUAUUAUAUGCUUACAGAUUUAACCGACACCUUUUUUUUAUUUUGCAUGUACUGCAAAGGCUACAAUCUACGCAAUAAAAAAUGUUUAAUGGUA